GGAGGGGAUGAGGAGAGGAGGCUCCGAGAGGUGGAGCGGGCGGGGAGGCCGGUCGGGUUUGUUGUCAUCCCAAGAUGGAGUUUCUGUUGGGCAACCCGUUCAGCACCCCGGUGGGGCAGAGCCUCGAAAAGGCUACAGAUGGCUCUCUACAGAGUGAAGACUGGACACUUAACAUGGAGAUAUGUGACAUCAUCAAUGAGACAGAAGAAGGCCCAAAGGAUGCCAUCCGAGCGCUUAAGAAGAGGUUGAAUGGAAACAAAAACUACAGGGAAGUAAUGCUAGCUCUAACGGUCCUGGAAACAUGUGUGAAGAACUGUGGCCAUCGCUUUCAUGUCCUAGUAGCAAACCGUGACUUCAUAGAUGGUGUCCUGGUGAAAAUCAUCUCUCCCAAGAACAACCCGCCCACCAUUGUCCAGGAUAAAGUACUUGCACUAAUUCAGGCCUGGGCUGAUGCCUUUCGAAGCAGCCCUGAUCUAACUGGGGUGGUCCACAUUUAUGAAGAACUCAAAAGAAAAGGGAUUGAGUUUCCAAUGGCUGAUCUGGAUGCUCUGUCUCCAAUACACACACCUCAGAGAAGCGUUCCUGAAGUUGACCCAGCUGCCAGCAUGCCCAGGUCCCAGUCUCAGCAAAGGAUGAACUCCAGUUCCUACUCAUCUCCUCCUCCAACGGCGUACUCUGCUCCUCAGGCCCCAGCUUUGAAUGUGACCGGCCCCAUCACAGCAAAUACAGAGCAGAUUGCACGACUGCGAAGUGAACUAGACGUUGUUCGUGGAAACACCAAAGUGAUGUCUGAAAUGCUCACAGAAAUGGUCCCUGGGCAAGAAGAUUCAUCAGACCUUGAGUUACUGCAGGAGCUGAACCGCACCUGUCGAGCCAUGCAGCAGAGGAUCGUGGAGCUCAUCUCGAGGGUGUCCAACGAAGAAGUCACAGAAGAGCUGCUUCAUGUAAACGACGAUCUGAACAACGUUUUCCUCCGAUACGAGAGAUUUGAGCGAUAUAGGUUGGGUCGGUCUGCACAGAACGCAAGCAAUGGGGUUCUCAGCGAGGUGACCGAAGACAACUUAAUAGACCUGGGGCCUGGCUCCCCGGCAGUGGUCAGCCCCAUGGUUGGAAACACGGCGCCGGCAUCCACACUUUCAACCCAACUCGCUGGGCUUGAUAUAGGCUCAAACAAUGUGAGCGGAACGCUCAGCUCCCUCCAGCACCCCAACCCCCGGGAUGACUUCGACAUGUUCGCACAGACGAGAGGCAGUUCGCUGGCUGAUCAGCGCAAGACCGUAACGUACGAAGACCCCCAGGCUGUUAAAGGACUGGCAUCUGCCCUGGAUGUUCGGAAACACAACGCAGGAGGGGUAUUUCUGUUCUCAACACAGAGGAGAGGUAAAAGUGGCAGUUCAGACAUGGAGCCCAUAGACAAGUGGCUAAUGACGCAAGGAAUGAUUCCCGUCACACAGUCCUCUGUCAUGGAUGACAUUGAGGAAUGGCUCAGUACCGACGUGAAAGGAGACGAACUGGAGGAAGGAGUGACGAGUGAAGAGUUUGACAAAUUCCUAGAGGAGCGCGCCAAAGCUGCUGAAAGGAUCCCCAACCUGCCCUCGCCACCUCAGGAGGAGCCCACGCCACCGGCGACGGCAAACCCCCCAAGCAAAAAGAAGCCGGAGCGCUCGGAAGAUGCCCUCUUUGCCCUGUGAUGCUCCUUCCUCGGCUCCUCUUCCUCGUGUGCGUGUGUGGAGGAAGGCAACCGCGCAGUCCAGCGGCCUCCUCAUGCUCUCCAGCUCACGACGAGCUCCCUUUGCCACUCCUGGGUUCCAUAGAUGGCCUCUUGUACCUCUUGGAAGCGAUCCAGCCCGAAUAAGCUAACAUUUCACAGAGUAUUUACAUCCAGCCUUGUCACUCCUGUGGCUGUCCUCGCCCACUCGCUAAGCUCCUUCUUUCUCGAACCCACCCACCCAGGUCAAUACCAAGACCCUCUCUCUUUUUUUAAAAUAAUAAUAAUGCAUGAAUUCUUUCUCAUCUCACCGACCCGCAUUCCCGGCAGAUCCAGAACAGAGUUGUGCAGAGGGCAGUCCUGUCUUUGAUUUAAGCCAAAACCUCCUUUCUCCCACAAGCCAGUCCAAAGUGCAACAUGCUUGGUACAUCUCUGAUAGCAGUUAAGUGUGUUUAGGUGCCUGUUUUCUCAAGAACCGGCGCAGCCUUCCCAUAGGUUGAACACAAAAGAAAUUUAUCGUCUUGCUCCAGUUCCAGAAUUUGGUGCCAUGCAUUGCCUGUUCCCCCUCCCCAGCUAGGUUUUGGAUCUUAAACGUCUUUUUCAUGGGAUGUUUGUUCGGCUUUCUGCCCUAAGGUGGUCAACUGCAGUGAGGAUUGUGACCUGGCUCUGAUAGGUAGGCUGUGUUUCUUAGCAGGUACACUGUCUCUACAAGGAAGGGAGAAGAAGCUUUGCCCCCCCCCCAAAAUGGGCAGUCUUUAAAGUAGUGUCCGUGUUUGGCAGGUGGACUCCUGGCACACACAUACCAUGGGCCUGCUUUGCAUAGGUGCAUGUGAGACGUGCGCACACGUGGAAAGGGAUUUAGAAUAGAUUCUCUGCCCUUGCCACAGAGCUUCAGAAAGCAGAGGUGUCGCUGAGAAUCCUGGGAGUACGAUCCGGCCACAGCUGGGCAGCUGUGUGCAUUGCAAGGAAGGUGUACUUUAAAGCUUCAAUGAGAAGCAAGAGACAGUGUGGUGCAUAAUCUGGAAUGCUGGGGGGACGGGGACGCCCCUUGUUGGCACCUCGGCUGCUGCGUUCUAAGUGAUGGCUUUUUCCGUCUUGUCUCUGUGCUCCUCUGCCUCCGCUAGCAACGCUGAACCCCUGAAGUUGCUGUCAGGAUUUCCAGGCUGUGCCAAAUUCUCGACAGCGUACUGGCCUUUGGCUUCUCAGGCCUUCCAACAAAUCCCCCGCCAAGUGGAGUUAGAGAAGGCAGAAGUGACCCUUUUAGGAUAGGACUUGGUCUUGCUUGCUGUUGCUUUGCUGGUCCAGCGCGACUGCCACUUCCUGGUACCUGGGCCUCCAUACGACUGGUAACUCUGGGUGAUGAACCUGUAUGGGUGUUUUGCAUAGCGGAGAGAGGUGCUCUGAGAUUGGGAGCACCCCACGCGAUCCACUGACAGUUUGGUGUGUGGUUUCAACCUGUCCAAGGGUAUAAUGUAGGGUCCACCCAGGAGGAAAGUAGCAACUGCCCCCUCCCUGGGAACACGUCACAUAUUUGUGCAGGAUUAAAUCAAACCACGGGAGUUGCAUUCUGCUUUGUGGUGGAACUUGUCUGUCAUAUAUGGAUCGACUUCCUGCCUUGCGGUUAGUUCUGCUGUUUUGAUAACAGGUCCUAGUUUUGAUGUUUGACUUGGUCCACCCCCGUGCAGCAGAGUGAUGUGGUAGAGACCUAUGGUAGUUGAGUGGGCUGCACCACUUCCUUGUUUUAAAUAUUCCGUACAAAUCAAAAGCCAGCGCAGCAGGCAAAGGAGUGAGCUGGAAUCUUUCUUCUUACAGUGUUAGGUCUCUAUUUGCUAUGAAUGUUUACAAGGAGGAGUAUUCAAAAGGGGCCCUCUAACAGCCGCAGUCUGAAAUGACAUUGCCCCUUUCUGCUGCCUCUUGCGCCGUCCGCUCAGUGGAUGUAUGCUUUUAAAAGCUCAUGCAACUGGAAGCUGUGUUUUGGACGUGGCUGUUCCAUGCGUUGCCUGACCCCAUGUCUAGUCCAGUUGUCGGGUGGUUUCUUCACCUGCCUGUGUGGAUAUUGUGGCACUACUAAGCAAGAAUGUUUGGGUAACGUGUGUGUGUGUGUGUGUUGAAUGUUGACCUUCUGAGGCUGUGAUCUGGCUUCCUGACUACUUUAAGAGAGAGGACCAGGUCUCUAGCACACGGCUCUGUCUCUAGCACAUCACCCAGAGCAGAAACCGGUUGUGUCCAUUCCAUUGCUUUGUAGUAGCUCAGCAUUGGGGAGCCUGUGACCCUCCAGAUGUGACUGAACUAGAGCUCCCAUUAUCCCUGAUCAUUGACUGUGAGGGCUGGGACUUAUGGCAGUUGGCUUCCCAGCAACAGCUCGAAUGACCACAGGUUCCCCAUCCCUGUUCCAGCAGUGUUGAGAUCCCUUUAGAAGUGGAUUUGUUGCAAGAUACUACGCCAAGGAGGAGAAAAGCAGGCAGCCAUUGCCGGCAGUUUUGGCAAAGUGGAGAAGAAUCUCACCCAGUCUAGUCUUGGUGAGAAAUGAAAUGACUUAUUAGUGUCAGAUAGAAGUGGACAUUUUUGCUUCCACCCUGCAUAGAUGCUUCCUUGCUGCUGGAGGAAGGUCCCUUGGCUCGAGAGCCCUUGGAUGUUCCCGCGACAACCCAGUUCUUUCACCUGCGACUAGAAGCCCUCGGAGCAUGUGAACUUAGGUUUCUGGCUAUGUCCUAGCACAGCCUUCCCACAACCUGGUGCCUUCCAGAUGUUUUGGGCGGCAGCUCCCAGAGCAUCUGGAGGGGCAACAGGUUGGUCUGCAACACUCACCGAACUCCUGCCAGAGCUUUUUAUGGAGUUUCCCUAGCGUCCCAUAUCACAUUGACUUUCCAUUGCUUCCUUGUGACACUCAAACUCGGAAGUUGAAAUUUAAAUAUAUUUCAUCCCUUUGUCCUUAUUUCCACAGGCCUUUCUGCCCUCAGUUUUACUUCCUUGCCCUCCAACCAUCUUCACUAUUACCGUAUUCAUAGGGGUGAAGAGAGAAGGGGUCGUCUAUUGUAUUAGAGGCCAAAAGCGAGGGAAGGUUAUGACCCCAAGUGGCAUAAUCCACAACAAUGUGGGACUAUCCAUUAAAAAAAAAAUCCCUUAUCUGUGUUAGGAAUCACUAAAUGACACUAAAUUAUUGUUGGGAUCCUUGCUCAAACACUAAUGAGGCCAAUCAGUUAGGCUUCGGUUAUUUAUUUUUGGCCUGAUCCGGUAGGAAGUUUUUGAAAGUUUAUUGGCACCAUCUCCACUGAAGUGAGCGAGAACUUGUGCAAGAGAAACUCCUGCUGGAUUGGGACCUUAAUUGUUACCUCCCUUCACCUGUUCCCCCCCCCUUUUUUAAGAAAUUCAUCUCCUACAGCAUCUUUAUUAACACCUCUGUGUUCUGAGGUGUCAGAACGAAGAAAACGAAUUGUUUCCGUUUAAAAUAUAUUCCAUUUGUGAGGAGGUGCAUAGCAUGUUCUUUCUCUACCACCAACCCCCUUUUUUAAAAAUGUUAUGUGUAGAAUUCAAAUCUGUAUAAGACUGGUGCAAUAGCAAAACCUGUUACAAAUUCUUGGGCUAUGAAGAAAUGGUUAAAUAACCAUGUGUGUGCCGGGGAGGAGAAAGCACCUUUAAAUUAUAACGAAGUAUCUUAGAAAUGGAAGGUGACCAUUUGGCCAUUGUCCUGACCAUACAGCUGUGCGGUUGUCACCAUUCUGGUGCCUUCCAGAUGUUUUGUACUGCUACUCCCACCACCCGGCUGGGUCUGAUGGAAGUUUUGGUCCAAAACAUCUGGAGCACACAAAGUUUCCAAAGACUGGCUUCCAGCAUCUGUCCCCAUCUGCAUUAUACAUUUAAAGCCAUAUCAUAUCACUUUAAACAGUCAUGGCUCCCCUCAAAGAAUAUGGGAAGUGUCAUUUCUCCAGGGUGCUGAGAGGAGGCCCCUAUUCUUACAGAGCUAUGAUUCCCAGAGUUCUCUGGGAAGAAGGAAGGGUUGUUCAACCAAACUGGGAAUUGCAGCUUCGUGAGGGGAACAGGGGUCUCCUAACACCUCUCAGCACCCUUAACAAACUGCAGUACCCAGGAUUCUUCGGGGGAAUCCAUGACUGUUUAAAGUGGAAUGACUGUGAUUUAAAUGAAUAGUGUGGGUGGGGCUGUAGCCUUUGGGGAAGACAGUGAAACCUUCCAGCUUUCAGGAAGAAUGGGGAAAGAAUGAAACGGGCCUCUUUCCAUGGGGGGGGGGGGCAAGGCAGCUUCCAGCCUUAGCAAGAAGGCCACGUUCUUUCCCAUUCCCUCAUCGGAGACCUGCAUCCUGGAGCCUGCUGUCCACAGCCUGGAACUGGUUGUGCCAGCAAAAUGGCUCUCUGUAGUUGCUGCAUCUUGGUGAUCUGGAUAAGAAGAUAGCUGUCCCGUUGACAUUGCUGCUGUUGCAGGAGGAGGAGCUGUGCCUGGCCUUUUCCUGUCACUCCCCAUCCCUGUCCUGUGAGGACAGGCAGAGGAGGAACAAGAGGGGUCCAGGGGUGGGGAGGUCUGAAGUGCCAGCCUCUCUUGCUACAGAAGAAGCACUUUUUCCUUUGUAAAAUAAGGUUGCUGGGGUACUAGUUGGCUGCCAGCCCUUCAUCUGGGUGUUGGCUGGCAGAUCAGUAAAGAAAGCGUCCCCCAACACAGGAGAGGAGGAUAUUUUAAACCUUUUCAUUGCACUUUCCCCCUGCACAGACAAAAGAACGCCAGAGCUGCCUCAGCGCUCACUUCUGGCAGUCUAGCGUGCAUUGAACCUUCGUUCGGUUUAGCAUUUCCCAACCCGUUACCUUCCAGUUUCAAACUGGUACAUUGCCCCCAACCGGCUGGGGCUGAUGGAAGUUGUCAUCUAAAACUGGGGGAAGUCUGAUUCAGUCCCUGUGAGGAUCAAAGAGAGGCGAAAGCAUCUCCUACUGGUAUUUACUGCCAGGAUAUGAAGGACUGAUACAG